AUGAACACGCACUUCGCAAUCGCUGCCAUCGCCCUAGCCAUCGCUACUUCUGUGAACGGUGAAGGAGGUUGCUCGCCUGAAGCGACGCAAGCCACUAUUAUUUCGAUGACGGACAUCCUGGGGUGCCCCGAGCUCAAAGUGUGUGGCGAUAUCGCGCGCUACAACUUUAUGACCGCCGCGGCGCCGGCCAACCACGAGCAGGAACUUGCUAUGUGCGGUGUGGCCGAAUGCCACACGCUCAUCGCCAAAGUGAAGGAACACAACCCGCCCGACUGCGUGAUUAUGAUUCCCGGCAGAUUCCCGAUCAACAUCAAGGUCAUGGCCAAUGAGUUUGAGGGUAAGUGCAAGUCUUCGCACCCUGCUCGGUCUGCCAUUGAAGAGCCCACCGAGUCAGUGGUGGCGUUCAUGGCUGCUGCGCCCUCACCAGAUGAAUCGGAGGAAGGCGACGUGACCCAGCAGGACAACGACUUCGCUGAGAAGAACAUCACGGCCUAUACCCCUGGCAAGGUCCUGGAUCCGUUUACCUUCUAA